CCGUAGGUCAGUCAGUCAGGGGUCAAAGUCUACGUGGUGAGGUUUGGAACCACUAAUUCAGUUGUACACCUAUCACCAUGGUGGACUUGCGUAGUGGGAAAAGUACUAGCCCAUACACCCCUGAGCAGCAAGAGAAAAUGGCCGCCUUAGUGAGAGAAAACAAGGAGAGGAAAGAGCUCGAGAAGCAGGCGAAGUUAAAGGCUAUCGCGGAGGAGCAGGCGGCUAAGAUGAAGAGGUUGGAGGAGGAGAUGAAGGGGGUUCAACAGGAAGAGGAAGAGAGGAGAAAGGCUGCUGAAGAAGAAGCAGCAGCAGAAGAAGAAAAAAAAAGAAAACGUAUUGAAGGAGGAGAAGGGAGUAGUGGCACAAAGAGGGAUACAGACGCAGAGAUGGAGAAGAGGAUAAGUGAGUGGGUCGCUAAUUUAUCGUUGGGAGAAGACGAGGAGGCGGAGUCUUAUGUGACUCAGGAUGAGAGGGAUGCGCUAGCUAGUGAGCUAGCAGCAAUGGAGGACCCUAUGGAACGGCGAGAAAGGGAGGAGGAGCAGAAGUUGGCAUGGAAAUUGAGGAUGAAGAGGGAAAAGAAGAGGAGGAGAGAGGAAGUCAACAAACUGACCGCAGAGGUGGCGAAGGUGCAGGACUGUAGGAAAGAAGUCCAGGCCCAGACAGGUGAUAAGGCCAAAUGGGAUAAGGUAUUGGGAAUAGAGAUAGAGCCCGGCAGUAGAACUCCUAAGGGAGCAAUUUACCGGAUGCCUCCUAGAGAAUUAGAGGAGCUGCGCAAGCAGUUAGACGAGCUCCUCGAGAAAGGUUGGAUCCGUCCCAGUUCGUCUCCUUUUGGAGCCCGAGUUCUCUUUGUCCCCAAGAAGGAAGGAGAGCUUCGUAUGUGCAUAAACUAUAGGGGUUUGAAUGCGGUUACUGUGAAGAAUGUUGAGCCGCUGCCCAGGAUAGACGAUCUUUUAGAUCGGGUGCAGGGUUGCAAGUACUUCUCUAAGAUAGAUCUGAAGUCCGGAUAUCACCAGAUAGAAGUCCAUCCUGAUGACCAGUACAAGACUGCAUUCCGAACUAGAUAUGGGCAUUAUGAGUUUAUAGUGAUGCCCUUUGGACUGACUAACGCGCCAGAGACGUUUCAGCGAUGUAUGAACGAUCUGUUUAGGCCGUGGUUAGACAAGUUUGUAGUAGUUUAUUUAGAUGAUAUCUUAGUUUUUAGUAAGACCCUCCAGGAGCAUGAGGGUCAUCUGAGGCAGGUCUUGGAGAAGUUGAGAGAGUCAAACUUCAAGAUCAACGCGAAGAAGUGCGAGUGGGCCAAGACACAAGUCUUGUACUUGGGCCACGUAUUAGACGGGGAUGGGAUUAAACCUGAGGACAGCAAGAGAGCGGCAAUCCGAGACUGGCCGACGCCCCGCAAAUUGACAGAGUUGCGGUCAUUCCUAGGCCUAGCUAACUACUAUAGGAAGUUCGUGAGGAACUUCUCUACCAUCACCGCUCCCUUGCGCAGGUUGCGAAAGAAAGAGGCAAUCUGGCAAUGGGAUAAAGACUGUACGUCUGCGCUAAAGAGAUUAAAGUGCACGUUAAUAGAGUAUCCUGUCCUCAAAGUAGCUGAUCCGUCCUUGCCAUUUGUCGUCACCAUGGACGCGAGUCAGUAUGGUAUAGCCUACGUGUUGCAGCAAGACGACGGCAAUGGCUAUAGACCCGUAGAGUUCAUGUCAGCAAGGAUGCCCUCAGAGAAGGUAGCCACCUUGACGUAUGAGAGAGAACUCUACGCUCUCAGACAGGCUCUAGAGCACUGGAAGCAUUACCUGCUUGGGAGGCACUUCAAAGUGUAUUCUGACCAUGAAACACUUAGAUGGUUAAAGACCCAAGCCAAGAUGACACCUAAGCUAACUAGGUGGGCUGCUGAAAUAGACCAGUAUGACUUUGAGCUUAAGCCAGUGAAGGGCAAGUACAACGUAGUUGCGGAUGCUCUGAGUAGGAGAUCAGACUACUUUGGAGCCAUAGUACACUAUCUAGAUAUAGGGAGAGACCUGCAGGAGAAAGUGAAGCAAGCGUAUGCGCAGGACCCCAUCUAUAGUGACCUCCUAAAGAGAGUUAGCGAGGCCCUAGAGACUAAGCCAGAUUACCGCACUACCGAGGGAUUACUAUUUGAGAAGACUAAUGUGUUUGACCGCCUGUGCGUUCCCAACAGCGAAGAGAUCCGCAGUUUGAUUUUAGGGGAAUGCCAUAACACAGAGGGACACUUUGGUCGGCAAAACACAUUAGCCAAUCUGAUGCGUGCGUACACCUGGCCAGGGAUCAAGAAUGACUGCAUAGAGUAUGUUCGCAGUUGUAAAGUGUGCCAGAGGAAUAAGACUACUACACGCGUGCCCUUAGGUCUUCUCAGACCGCUGCCUAUUCCUGAUCAACCUGGAGACUCAGUGUCCAUAGACUUCAUGGAUACUCAGGUCAAGAGUAGGCAUGGCAAGAGCCAAGUCAUGGUCAUAGUUGACCGUUUUAGCAAGUAUGCCGUUUUUGUUCCCUUGCCCGCAGAGGCACGUACGGAUUUAGUGAUACAGAAGUUCUUUGACUUCUGGGUUAGUGAGAAUGGAAUCCCAUUGGCAAUAGUUAGCGAUAGCAAUAGAGACAGUCAUUUCACCAGCCAGAACUGGCAAGAACUCGUGAGAGUCUAUGGAUCUAAGCUAUUGAUGUCGUUUGGCCACCAUCCAGAGACAAACGGUCAGACUGAACAGAUGAACAAGAUCCUACAACAAGUUCUGCGCAUGUACAUUAGACCUGAUCAGAUCAACUGGGACGAGAUCUUGCCUAAAGUAGCUAGCGCAUACAACAACAGCGUGCAUUUGUCCACGUGUCGCACUCCCAAUGAGCUGCACAAGUCCUUUAGGCCUCGCAGACCAUUCGAAGGACUGAACCGGGAUCAGAUUCACAGGCUACCGCCCAGUACUGGGGAGUUUGCGAUACAGCACGAGAAAGAACUAGCAACAGUUGUAGAGAACCUCAGGAAGGCCCAGCACAGAAUGAUAGAACAGGCCAAUAAACAGUUUCAGGUAGGCGACUUAGUCUGGGUCAAGGCUAAAGAGUUUGCACCUGAGGAAAAGAUCUUGCAGAAGUUAUUGCCUGCAUGUAGAGGACCGUGGCCGGUUCUAGAAGUUAAGGGCGGAGAGGAUGGACCGUCCUACACUGUAGAGACUCCAGCACACCUCCACACGUACCCUGUGUUUCAUGCUUCAAAGCUGCUGCCGUGUGUCACAAGUCAACAGUUCCCUUCAAGAAGAUCCAUGAUCCCCCCGGAUAUGGAUGGAAGCUAUGACAUUGACGGCAUUGUAGAUGAAGAUGUCUUUAGAACAGGAGGUAGAGGUCGUCCACAGAAACAGUAUAAGGUCCGGUUUACUUAUCAGGAACCGGAGGACGACCGCUGGUUUACUAGGACAGAUCUUCUAGAAACAGCUCCCGACAUAGUCAGAGCCUUUGAGCGCGACAAGAAGGGUAAAGUGCCGCAAGUGGAGUGGUCUAUGGCGGGAGCAUGCAUUGGGAGUGCCACGUGGCACUUGACCAGUGGAACCCAGCGGAGAUCCGGAUGGGAAUCGCGACUGUCCCGCAGUGCUGACCGAACAGUGGACAAAGCUUCCGUGACGUCACUGAGGGGCGCCAUGCUGUCGUGGAGAUCGCUCUCAUCGACUCCCAGCCACGUCACCUCCGAUCGCUUGCUGGCACACAGGGGGGAAUCAGAAGCUGAGGUUGUGCUUGGCGAUGGGGCAUGUCGUCAUUCUCCCAGCAUGCUGGAGCAGCGAACACGUGUUGCGCCAACCGUGGAGCCCGGAUUACGGCGCGCAAUGUGCUCGGCGUGCAGCGCCACGUGGCAGCGGUGGAGGCUUCCGCAGGGGGAAACAGCUCCAAAGGCCACAGCAGGGCGGGCGCUGUCUGUCCCUUUUCCCGCCUCGGCCAAAGCUCACGGAUCCAGGCAGAGUACGGGGACGGAGGCCUGGGAGUGGGGGGGGUUGAGGAGGAGGAGCAGGGGAGAAAAAGAAAGCAGAUUCGGUGCAACAUGUGGCAGUACGUUUGGAAGUGCUGGCAAGCGGCGGGAAACAGCUGCUGCGUCCUCGUUGGGGAGGACGAACCAUCUCGAUGAGUCCGAGGCCGACAGGGACGAUAAUGCCGUCGAGACGACACAUGUCUCAUUGUCAUCGUCUUUCGAGUCCCACGUGGAGUCGGUCAUGGCGAAGGAGGGGGACAAGGAGGAGCGGAUGACGAGUAAUAGCCAGCAGCCCACACGGAGCUGGAAGGUGGCUAUGGUGGCCGCCGCCACGGUGUCCUUUGGAGUGCUCAAUCGUGUGACUUUCAAGCUGGCACUCGUUCCAAUGCAACACUACCCAUUUUUCAUGGCACAGAUCCUGACUCUGGCUUACGUUGCCGUGUACUUCUCAGUGCUAUGCGCACGGAAGAAAGCUGGUGCGGUGACAAACGCCAUGUUGAGCCUCCCGAAGACCCCUUUCGCAAUGAUGGGCUUUUUGGAAGCGAUGGGUUUAGUGUUGUCCAUGGCGGCAGGCGCCGUCUUGUCCGGUGCUGUCAUCCCUAUACUUAAUCAGGCUUUCCUUGUCUGGCAGUUGGCUCUGUCUAGAGUAUUCCUAAGUCGUCGCUAUUCCCUCGGGCAGCUGUUCGGCUGUGUGCUGGUGAUCCUUGGAGUUGUACAAGUAGCUUCGAGUGGCGGCGGCAGCACCGCCACCGAGCACUCGCUGCAGGCCGCAGGAUUGCUCUGGGCUUUGUUGCUGGUCCUCUCUACUGCCUUUCCUGCGGCAUCGAGUAUUCUCAAGGAAAAAGUUUUCAAAGAAGUGCCAUCGAAGUUGAACGGGCAGUCGUUGGACCUCUUUGUGGUCAACUCCUUUGGAUCGGGGUUCCAAGCGAUGUUCGUCUUCUUGCUGAUGCCUCUGCUUGCCAGUUUUAAGGGGAUCCGCUUUUCUGACCUCCCAUCUUAUCUCGUAAAUGGCGGCGCUUGCUUCCUGAACUAUGCUUCUUCCUCCCCCUCCUCUUGUGCAGGUGCCCCCUGGCUCCCUCUCCUGUACAUCGCAAGCAACCUCUCCUUCAACAUACUUGCUUUGCAACUCUUGAGAAUGUCGUCAGCUGUUGUCGCGUCUCUAGCCGUAGCCGUCUCUGUCCCGCUAUCCGCUGCUAUCUUUACCCUCCCGCUCCCUCUGCUCGGCGAGCCUGAGCCCCUUUCCCCGAGUUUCAUUCUUGGCGCGGCAGUUCUGGUUCUCGGUCUCUUGCUUUACCGCAGUCACGGCCAGUGUGAUCAAGACAUUGGCACACAGGAAGGUGAACUGCAUUUAUGUGUUGACUAUCGAGGGUUGACUGUCGUCAUUGUCAAGAAUGUCGAACCGCUUCCUCGCAUUGACGACUUACAUAAUCAGUUGCAGGGUUGCAAGUAUUUUAGUAAAAUUGAUAUGAAGUCUGGGUACCAUCAGAUUGAGGUGGAACCCGCGGGAGCGCUACUGGGAGCGCUGCGUCCAGUCCGAUUAGGCGUGUUCAUACGGCACGUGCGCGAAGAUGGAGGUGGGCAUGGCGGGAUGAUGGUGAGAUCAGGGCAGCGACCUACAGCGGGUUUACGGUUGAGAUUCAUCUGGACUUGCAUUGUUGACAAGUGUCUUCACGAUCUGGGUCCAUUGCAGAGUGCUCUGAUGGACAGGAUGUACCACGUUGUUGACAGUAUGACACAGUUGGCAAUAAGGGUCCUUCCAAAGAGGGAUGAGUCGGAACGCUUGGACCGCCUGGUUUCGACAUUUCGGAGAACUUACGGGGGAAUCCGUAAGAACAACAAUUAUGUAGUCUCUGGACAACAGGUUUCGACAUUUCGGAGAACUUACGGGGGAAUCCGUAAGAACAACAAUUAUGUAGUCUCUGGACAACAGGUGAAGAGAAAGUUGGAACAGCGGAUAAAUUACUGUUGGUUGAAUCGUUAUGUGGACCUUGGUCCUCUGCCAUAUUAAUGGGCACGUACGUACGUAUUUGUACACGAGCACGUCAUCGUGGAUAGGAGGAAUAAGAUGCAUACAAAAAACCGAAACGAAAAUAAUACACCUCAAAAUAUUCAUAUAUAGAUAUAUGAAGAAGAGUAAUAUAGUGUCAAGUAGAAAAGAAAAAAAAAAAGAAAAACAAAGAGGACAUAGUGCAACAUAAAGGACGCAGCCACAUUGCGAAGCACAAACGAUAAAAAAAAAAAAAAGUUGGUUCGUUUUUUUUUUUUUCAACGCGUUUAUCGAGGUUAAUCAAUGUUAAUUCACAUC